UGCGUUAGCUGGCGUGAACGCACCUUGCACACUGACCUCUGAGAUAUGUAACGUUGUUUAUCCUGUGUGUACCUGAAACUGACAUAAGAAGAUAAGAAAGAUGGACCACUGCAGCAGGCCUACUGGCCCAUGCUAGGCAGGUCCAAGUCACAUCAGCUUAAGAAGGAAGGAACACUACAUCAAAUGUAUCGACCCAAUCUAGUCAGGUCCAGUUUACAUGCCAGAAAUGAAAAUUUCAUUUCAUAAAACUUAUUUUCCAGUCUCUUGCCCUGUAAUAAAAAAAUUAGUAUGGGAAGUUGCCCAAGUUGAGCGAAGAAUUUGAAUCAAUAUACUAGAGGCAUUACCCUCCUGGCGUCACGGGAAACGCAGACGAGAGGAGCUGUUGACCAGAGAUGUUUUGAAAGAUCGUGUACUCUAGUCUGGCCAUACCUGGCGACCUCCAGCCUCGUGUCUACCCCAAAGUUAAUUAACAGAUUUUAUUCAAGAUUUCGUGACCAAGUUUGUGGCAGCCGGUGAUAGAAAGUUCCGUCUUGUGUUUGACUUUACCGGAGUGACGGAAUAACUCUCUCUCUCUCUCUCUCUCUCUCUCUCUCUUUUCCUUACGGGUAAAUGUGAGGAAAUGUUCAGCUUGAGAUAUAAACAUAGUUUCUUUGUCCAUCGCCUCCGGUGAAAGUUGGAAAAAACUAAUUAUUAAAAUUCCUCUGUGUUGCUGUUCUUCAACUUUGACAUUUGUUUAUAGUGUCGCCUCAGAGUUAUACGUUAGAGGGACAGUCAUUGUCGCACGUCAUCGUCACAGGACUCUGGCGAGGUUGUCCAUCAUCCAACCUGCGUAGGACAUGGAGCAGGAGAACCAGAGAGGGAUACGCAAGUCCCUCUCCCUCGACUUCCAGCUCUUCAGAAGCUCCUUCGGGAGGAAGUGCAAGGAAAAGGUCACUUCCCUAGAGCGUUCAAGAAACUUUAAGCGUUGCGAGACGGUUCCUGAAGCUCCUUAGCCAAGACAUGCGACUCCUCGCUCACACAGCAUUCACCGAAGACAGGCGCUGAUAGCCUGGAGAACGCAGCAGAAGAUGACACCAGCAGGAAAUAUACAUCUGAAGCUUCAUCUGAUUCACCAAGGACCAGCUUGUCAGGAAAGUUCUUCGGCCGGAUGAAAAGCUGUUACAGCAGCAAGGAUAACUUAUCCGAGGAGAAAGACAAAACGGAGACCAAAACAGAAGAUGCUGAUGACUCCAGUUAUAAAGGAAACACUCUAAUAAGUAGGAUCAGGAACCGCUAUAGCAGUAGGGAAUCCCUGAAAGACGCAUCUCCUCUAAAUAAGUUAAAAACGUCAUCAGAAGAGACUUGGAAAGGUUUGGGUAUCUUAAACAAGCUAUAUAAUAAGAUAGGAAGCAUUGACAAUACGAGCGAAGACGACCUGAAUCUUGCCAACAAAUCAGAGGAAUACUGGAAAGGAGUCAAUUUCCUGGACAAGGCUCACGAUAUCAUGAAUAAGCUGGAGUGGGAGGAUGACCAUUUCCUCGGCACGAUAGAACCCGAUAUCAAGCCUGAGGACCGGAUAGGCUGGCUUACCCACGAGAGAAAGCCACUCAAGGACUCCUUGGAGAAGGGAAUUGUGAUGCCGGAGUCGAGGAGAGAUCGAGGCAGGAACUCCAUCAUCUCCCUGGGUUCCCUCCACUCCGUGUCCUCCAUACCCACAGCCCCUCCCCCGCGUUCCGGGGCUGUCAUAAGGAACUCCAAAUACUCCAACCAGAGGCGAGGCAAGGUGGCUCGCCAGGCCUUCCGAUAUACAAGGCAUCAGAGUUCAAGAAGUUAG